GUCAUUGACGUGCGUAGUUACGUCAGACGUAAGGUCAAGAGAAAAGAAGCAUGGCCGCCGUGCUGAGAGGGUCUCGGUACCUAGUUGGAAAGUGUUGCAAGCAUGUUGACUUUGCACUCGUCUCCACUAGGUCGAUGGCCUCGAAGACACAAGUGGGGUUCAUCGGUCUGGGAAAUAUGGGAAACCCGAUGGCAAAGAACCUGCUGAAGCACGGAUACCCAGUCAUCGCUACUGAUGUGUUCCCGGAGUCCUGCAAGGAAGUGCAGGAGCUGGGCGCUCAGAUUGUGGAUAAUCCUGCUGAGGUAGCAGAAAAGGCCGACCGCAUCAUCACCAUGCUCCCCUCUAGUCCCAAUGUCAUCGAUGUGUACACCGGACCCAAUGGCAUUCUGAAAAAGGUGAAGAAAGGCUCCCUGCUCAUUGACUCCAGCACCAUCGACCCAUCUGUUUCAAAAGAGAUGGCUGCUGCUGCUGAGAAGAUGGGGGCAGUUUUUAUGGAUGCACCUGUGUCAGGAGGUGUGGGUGCGGCCAGUUCGGGUAAACUGACUUUUAUGGUCGGAGGUGCAGAGGAGGAAUUUACUGCAGCCAAAGAACUGCUCACCUGCAUGGGAGCUAAUGUGGUGUACUGCGGUCAGGUUGGAACUGGACAGGCUGCUAAAAUCUGUAACAACAUGCUUCUAGCCAUCGGAAUGAUUGGGACUUCAGAGACCAUGAACUUGGGAGUCAGACUUGGUCUUGAUCCUAAACUGUUGGCCAAGAUCCUGAACAUGAGUUCAGGUCGGUGCUGGUCCAGUGACACCUACAACCCCGUGCCUGGAGUCAUGGAGGGAGUCCCGUCUGGGAAUAACUACCAGGGAGGCUUCGGCACCCAGCUGAUGGCUAAGGAUCUAGGCCUCGCACAGAACACAGCCACCAACACAAAGACUCCUGUCCCUCUCGGCUCCUUAGCCCAUCAGAUCUACCGUAUGAUGUGCGCACGCGGUUAUGCCAAUAAAGAUUUCUCCUCCGUAUUCCAGUUCCUGCGUGAGGAGGAGGGCGGCCAGUAAUUUCAGCCUCCACCCCGUCCACAGCCUGGCCAGGCCUGGCCCUGCACAGGACUAACAUAGCGUAGUUACGGUGCAUUUUGCCCUGAGGACUUUCUUUUUCAAAGUUGUGAAAGACAUGAAACCAAGAGAGUUCCAACACAGCCUGACCGACCAUGUGAGCACUUCUCUCCUAUUGGAAAUCAUGUUUCCUGUGUGAUCUAGUCUACUUUAAAUGCAGCACUCCUUUCAGUUUUAGAAGCAAGUGAACUAUCAUAUAUCUAUAUAUAUAUAUAUAUAUA